CGCUCGGCUCGCCACUGCGAAGUUAAAAACUGUUUAUCUUGCAGGCUGGUUUGUUUGACAUGCCCUCACUGUAGUUAACCUGCUUUCUUCUCCAGCCUUCACUCUUGUUAUUUUAUUUUAUUUUAUUUUUUUUUUACUCUUCCCAGCCGUAAACGCUGAGAAGAGUGUGAGAUCUUUAUAUUCUUUACGCUUUAGCAAUUCUACUCUUUUUGUUGUUUAAUUUGACUAAUAUUUUUGUGUGUGUUUUCUUCAGCUGAUACCGUGCAGCACAGAAAAAAAGGGGGGGGGUCAAGAAUCCGGUUUCCUCCCUUCGCCAGCUUGUCAAAAGACUUGAGUUACACUGAACAGUUUGUUCUGCAGACGUUUAGCUUGCAGAGGUUUUGUUGCUCGACAGGGGGAUUUUUUUUUUAUUUUAAAUCGACCAUUUGGAGAGCGUCAUGGCGACUGAAGUGGAUUCGUGGUCCGCCGCUCCCCAGGCCGACGGGAUGUUCUCUUUGGAAGACAACCUGGCCGAGGCUGACCAUCCCUACAGCGGUGACGAAGACGCGUUGAACGAGGCGGAGGUGAACGGCAACUGGACGCCUCAGGAGAAAGCUCUGCACGAGGCGCGGCUCAAAGCCAAAGCAAAGCGUCGCCUGCGCAAGUCCUCGUCCCGCAACUCGACCAGCGAGUCCUUCUCAGAGUCGGGAGACUUGGCGGGAGGCGACCCACACAGUCCGAAGGGCAAAGUCAACGCCAACGACCGCAAAUCCAGGACGGGCAAAGGCCGAGGCCUGCCCAAAAAAGGUGGGGCAGGUGGUAAAGGAGUUUGGGGGGCUGCUGGGAUGGUUUAUGAAGACGAGGAGCCUGAUGUUCGGGACCCCAACUACGAUGAAUCGGCUCAGGGAGACACAGUUUACGCAACAGUUGUGCCAGAGGUUGAUGAGAAGGAACUGGAAAAAAUGGUCAACCCGAUCGUACAGGAGUACUUUGAACACGGAGACACAAAAGAGGUCCAGUUGCUGCUGAAGGGGCUAAACUUGGGCCCACAUAAGUACGAGUUCUCCUCCCUGGCCGUGUCCCUGGCCCUGGAAGGCAAGGCCAGCCACAGAGAGCUGACCUCCCGCCUGCUGUCUGAUCUGUCGGGCAAGCUGCUGUCACAGAGUGACAUGGCCCGAGCCUUCGACAAGAUGCUCAAAGAGCUGCCAGACCUCAUACUGGACACACCGGAGGCUCCGCAGAUGUUGGGCCAGUUCAUAGCCAGAGCCAUAGCGGACCACAUCCUCCCCAUGUCUUUCCUGGACUGUUACAAGGGCAAAGUGGACUGUGAGCACGCCAGAGUGGCUCUAGACCGCGCUGCAGUACUGCUGAGCAUGAAGAGGGAGAUGGUUCGUCUUGAUAACGUGUGGGGUGUGGGCGGAGGCCUGAGACCCGUCAAACAUCUCAUCAAAGAGAUGAACCUCCUGCUCAAGGAGUACCUGAUAUCAGGAGACGUGUCGGAGGCAGAGCACUGUCUGCGGGACCUGGAAGUCCCACACUUCCACCAUGAGCUGGUUUAUGAGGCUGUCGUGAUGGUGCUGGAGUCCAAAGGAGACGCUGCCAGUCAUAUGAUUAUAAAACUGCUGAAGUCUUUCUGGAAAACAGGCCUCAUCACUGUGGAUCAGAUGAACAGGGGCUUCCAGCGUGUCUAUGACGAGCUCCCUGAGAUCAACCUCGAUGUCCCGCAUGCUCACUCCAUUAUGGAGACCUUUGUGGACCUGUGCUACCAGGAGUCUGUCAUCACCAAACAGCUGAGGGAUGCCUGUCCCUCCAGGGGGCGGAAGCGUUUUGUAAGCGAAGGCGAUGGUGGAGUGAUCAAGAACUAAUCCACGAGAGGAAGAGCAGCAGCAGCAGCAGCAGCAGAGGAGGAAGAGGAGGAGGAGGAGGGUGGCUACAGGUUCUUUCACCCGGUUUUCGCUCCAGCAUGUUUUCCCUGAAACCGAACGUGCUGGCAGCCUGAAGUUUCCUUGUUCCUCUCUUGUUGUCGUUACACAAACCAGCGUUGACGUUCGGUGAAAGUAAACUGAAGAGGCGCUCAGUUCCCUUCAUCUUGUUAAUCACAGUUUUUUCACUUUUUUUUUUUUGUAAGAAUAUUCUUUAUUUCUGCGUAAGAUGCGGCCCUCUCGCCUCGAUCUUUGUACCUGUUUCUCAAGAAUAAUUCAAGUCAGAGCGGCAGAGAGACGACGGGACAGACUGGGGAGUGUGGGAUAUGAAUCGGGGUGUUCGUUUUCUUGCUUUACUUCUCAUGUUGCCAUCUCUGUUUCUUUUUCGUUUUUUUCGUGGAACAUGCUCUAAAUGACAACAGCACUUACAAGACGGCAUACUGCGCAGUCGGUGAGCACUUGGUAAUUUAGCUCAACAGAAAGAUUGAAAGUAACUUCAAGGACAACAUGCUUUGUAGCUUCUGGGCAAAGUGGCUGCUGAUCCUUAAUGAAAAGUAUUUUGUUUGUGUUUUUUCCUUUGGUUCUUGGUCUCUGAGGCCUUAUGUUCACUUUGUAAAGCAGUCAAAACAAGAAGGGUUUUGGCAUUGUUUGGGUGUUUAUUUGAAAUUUGCAUUUGGGCAAAUACACUUUGGAGGCUAUUUUUUUGAAAAAUGAAAAUAAAUUGGGAUGUGUAAAAAAAGAAAUGUAUAAAAAUAAUAAAAAGAAAAUAUAAACAAGGAAAAAAAAAUACUAUUUCAAGCACUCUGGCUUUUCUUGCAAUUAAUGAAUCUACAGCUCACACUGUCUCUGGACCUUUAACAUUUACAAUAGAAAGCCAGACCUCCUGCAGAGAGCAGACUUAAUCUGCUAUCCAGACCAGCUUUUGUUGGCAGAGGACUUAAUGAGCAUUCAGACUUUUAUUUUUUAUUUUAUUUUAUUUUGUCUCUCUCAGUUUUUCCAUGUUUACCAAAGUUAUUUUGACUCAGAAAUAGAUCUUUCAUUCUAAGAAGAAAGAUUAUAUUGUUCUUUUUUUUUUUUUUCUUCAUGACAACCAGUGUUGUUGUAACCAGGAGGAAGCGGAGUAGUGAUGUACAUCAGUCACUUUUGUUCAUCUUUCAUUUGCAUCUUGUUUUGACACUCAUUUCUCAUAAUCCUCUGUCACUAAUGGUCAGGCCAGGUGUAAGAACGUUAACUUAAACCUGUAACGGAGAUACAGUGUGAAGCCAAAGGUUGGAUUUAUUUUUUUUUUUAAUCAUUUUUUCUCCCAAGGCUUUGACUCUUGAUCCCAUCUAUGGUACAUCUAAGAUACUUGGUUAUGUGUCUUCAUAGCACAGCUUCUUUACGCCUACAGUGUAAAUAACCGGUUGAGGGAAUUUAUGUUAAAUGGUUAAUAUUUGGAGAAUUGGCAGGACAAACUCAUUCAUGCAUGCAGCUGCCCACUGUCAAAUAGAGGGCGUAAUGUUGAUGUUUUGUAUUCCUAUAGUCAUAUUUGUACUAUUGAUUUAUUUUGGAUCAGCAAACUGUUCACGACACACUGCCUCUACACAAGAAGUCCAUAUUAUAUAUUUCAAUAAAAUGACAUUUUUCCCUCUA